CCAUACACACACACACCGCGCAUGCGCACGGGGCGCUCCGUCAGCGCCGUGUGUGUGUGCGGGAUGCAGCGCGAUGUUGGCACUCUGCCGCUCAGCCCCGCGCUCCGCACCCGCCUCUUGGCCGCCGGGUUUCAAACAGCGCAGGAGCUGCUGGACACCGGCCCGUGCGGGCUGAGCAAAGAAAUUGGGAUCUCCAAAGAAGAGGCGCUGGAGGCGUUGCAGGUUGUCAGGCAGGAAUGUGCUGGUGAUGCUGCAAAGACAUCAGGGGGGUCAGGCAGCAGCAGGACGUGCACAGCUCUGGAACUUCUGGAAGAGGAACAGGCUCAGGGCUUCAUCAUCACCUUCUGCUCGGCGCUGGACAACGUGCUGGGAGGUGGCGUGCAGCUGACAAAAAUAACUGAGGUCUGCGGAGCACCCGGUGUGGGGAAAACACAGCUCUGUAUGCAGUUGGCAGUGGAUGUCCAGAUCCCGGAAUGCUUUGGGGGUGUAGCUGGGGAAGCAGUGUUCAUUGACACCGAAGGCAGUUUUAUGGUAGACAGAGCAGCGGAUAUCGCUGCUGCCUGUGUACGGCAUUGCCAGCUUAUAGCUGAAGCUCAUCAAGAAGAAGAUCAUCUAAAAGCUUUGGAGACUUUUUCUCUUGAAAGUAUCCUUUCUCACAUAUAUUACUUCCGUUGCCGUGACUACAUAGAGCUUCUAGCACAGGUCUAUCUCCUCCCAGACUUUCUUUCAGAGCACUCAAAGGUCCGACUGGUGGUAAUUGAUGGAAUUGCAUUUCCCUUUCGCCAUGACUUCGAGGACCUCUCACUUCGAACACGGCUUCUGAAUGGUCUGGCACAGCAGCUGAUCAUCAUAGCAAAUGAUCAUAAGUCAGCGGUUGUUCUGACAAACCAAAUGACGACAAGAUUUGGACAAAACCAGUCCACGUUGGUGCCUGCAUUGGGAGAAAGUUGGGGACAUGCUGCUACCGUGCGUUUAAUCUUUCACUGGGACAACACUCAGAGGUUGGCAACAUUGUACAAAUCCCCGAGUCAGAAGGAGUCAACCAUACCAUAUAACAUUACACUUCAUCCUGAAGGUAGCCAGGAAUACCAGGAUGUCUCCAGGUUAAUGAUCAAAUUUACAGGCAACCUGUGCCCAUUUCUGCUUGUCCUACUGCUGUGUAGUUUAUCUGCCCUUCAUGUUAACUCUUGGCCUAAGUGCAAGUAUAGAGGAGAAUCUUGUACUCGAAGCCUUCCUUCAGGAAGCCAAGCUGCUUUCUGUUGUCAGGUUGUUUGUUUCCCUAGUGGCUCUUCACUGCAUCUGUUCCAGUUUGUCAUUUUUAGGACAAGGGUGACCAGAAUCAUUCAUAGCAUUCUAGAGAUCUCUGCUCUGAGUACGUUGCCUGAUGUAACAGAAAUCUCUCGUAGCCUUGUCCUACUGCUGACCCUAUGACCAGGCCAUAUAUACAGAAGCAUAUAUUAUUUUCUUCUGUUGUUACUGUGUGAUGAUAUUCCAGCUGAAGUCCUUAUUCAGCCCUAGGUAAAUCCUGUGAUUGUUUUCUUUUGUUGAGUGCUAAGAUACAUAUUAAGAAUAUAUAUUGUUUAAGCUGUUAAAAAACAAGCACUCAGCUCUUGUGUCUUCAAAUGACAGAUACAUAGGUACAUGCCAUAACUAUUUGCUGUGUGUCCUCAUGGAAACACGUUGCCAUAGCAUUUCCUGCAGAUUUUAAUGCUGCCCUAAAAUGAGGCCCUCAAGCUAUUGAGCAGAAAUCAAGGGUUGGUUUUUCUUUUUUCCACUUCUAAACGGACCUACUAUUUUUAUUUAUUUAUUUGUCAGUUUUGUAAAGACUGGACAAGAAAAUGGGACCUCAUCCCAAGGUUGUUUAGAUCAUGUGAUGCAGCUGCGCAGCCUUCUCUGUGCAGCUGCCAAACAGAUGGAUUCUCUUAGUUUAAUUGCCAUUUCAGCUUUAUACAUAUUACAGAACAGCUAUGCUGUCUUCACCCAUGUGAAUGUACACGGUCUUGAAGUACAGUUGAGAGUGUGUCCUAAUCAAAGAUUAGUUAUAACUUCAGAUUAUCCCUGUGUUUUUUCCCUUAAUCUUGUUGAGCUGCUUCAGCAGAUGUUUCUGGAAGUAAAAAAAUGUAUUAUCCCUGUUUCUGUUAUGAAAGUCAGGUCUGAUAAUAAUUGUUUGCUGUUACCAUUUCUCAUUCUCAUCUCAGUAGUUAAACUGGAAGAUGUAAAUAUGCAUUCAGUGCUUCCAAGUAUGAUGCUGAAUAUCGUGUAUAACCAGCAGACAGUUUAAAAAACAGACAUCCAAGAUGCUUAGGCUUAUAACUGCUGUUAAAUUCAAUGCAAAUCAGAUGGUUUGGUACUUCUGACAACUGGUUGAUCAGUUCUUGUAGACUGGUGGAGAAGUAUGGGACCGAGUGCCUGAAGCUCCAGUUCUUUUCCAGCUGUUUCAUUUCCAGCACAUUGGUAGGUCAGCCACCAGUCCGAGCAAGCGUGGAAGCUACGGAACACCUAUCAAAUGAAAUAAUAGCUCUUUCACAGGCUGGUGAGGAUUCAUUCUUAAGAGCGGAGUAUAGAAAUGUAAAUUGAUUUAAGCACAAGGGAGUAAAUGGCUCAUCUGAUUCAUCUGAAUUUCCCAGGUAAUAUGACCUGGUUAUUUGAUGAUGAAAAAUAAGGAUCCAGAACUUGUAUUCUGAGUAAGAAUUGUUCAUAUUUCCCUGAAUUUUGGAGGGUCUGUCAGACUAACAAUGAGAAUGUCCUCAAAGUAAUAAAGGCAUCAGUUUUGAUGCAGUCUGUGGGUGCAGGAAACACUGAAGAACAACCCAAGAUGAGUGCAGCUGUGAUUGGAGCUAUGCACGUCCAAGUGAGCUUUUUUCCAGCCUUAAUUCUGUUAGCCAUGUUUUCUCCCUAUAAUACUGUUAACAAGCUUUGCAUGUACCUACAAAAUUCUUGUUUUCUUUCUCACUGGAGAGAGGCUGUAUACAUGCCUUUAACUAAAUGAAAAACGUCCAUACUAAGCAGCCUGCUUCAUCAUGUUCUGGCCUUUAUAGCCACUGGAAUGCUUUUACUGAGAGUCUAGCAUGCUGGAUUAAGUGGAUUCUUGGCUUUGAUCCACCUUUGUGCCUAAGGGAAAUAGCAGAGAUUAGAUGCAAGCAGCAGUGAAACACUAAACUUGAAGAUUUCCCAUUAUGCUAUUUAGAAUAACACUUGAGUUGCUUAAAAUAGCAGAGGGACCUCACAGGUUCUGCCCUUGUGGCACCUCUUGCUGUUUGUUCCUUUCAAAACAUAGGCUACGUGAGGUGAGGCAUUUAGAAAUAGAAAUACAGAGAUGAGACACAAACAAAACAUUCUGAUUGGUUUUACCUUGGAUUCAUCUCAGUGCAGGACAUAGUGGCAUUUGGAAAAAGUCACACAUCUGCUUGUAAUUCUCCCUGAUUUUUCACACUGCACUAAGCUGAAGCAUCAGCCUUCCUGAGGUGUGCUCAGCCCUGCCUUGUCUCAACCUGAGCACUUAGGAUCCUCACGACAAUUUCUGAUUAACACUUUUUCCUCUUUUAAGUCUGCAGUACAGUGAGUCCUUCACUGAGCUGUCAGCAAUGCUCCCUACACAGCAUUUGGAGAUAAGGCAGCUGAAGGUUUCACAUAACAUCUCAGUGUUACGUAAUAACUGAUGACAUUUAACUAACUGAUGUUUCAGAUCUUCCAUCUUUUAAAAUCUUUUAACAUCAUCAAACUGUGAGGUAAUGUGACAGAAAAUACCAGUGGUACCAAGCAAAAUAGAUCACCCUAAGCUCUCUACUAUGUAGCAGCAUCUAGUUUUCAAUUCUGCAUUUAGGUUUUGGCAGUUAAAGUACUUGGCCCAUUGUGUCCCAUAAAUCACUAUGUUGGGACUGUCUCUGCUGAAUGCAAAGGCCAAUUCAAGUAUCCACUUCUCUUACACUGUCUCCUCAAUGUUUUCAGCUCGUUAAAUAGAUGCAUGAAAAAGAAAGAGUUCUUUGAAGAUUUUCAGUGUUGUUUCUGAAAAUGGCUGAGGCAGUGAAUCCAGUGGUCAUCUCCUUGCUGCUGCAGGACUUUGGUUUGAAUCCGGGCUGAAGGAUUUGGCGUUUAGUUUAUUUAAAUAGGCAGCAUAAGUUAAUUUGCAGAGGAGCACUGCUACAUAGUCAUGGGGUUGUUAUAGUGAAAUGGAAAUGGUGGCCUCGUUGGUGAAAGGAAGCAGAGACAAUAACCAGUGGCCAUGUGUGUUGAAAACCUUUCAGUUCUGAGCUUAACCUCAUCUAGAAGCAUUCAUCCAUUCAUCUAAAAUAAAUGAUAGCAUCAUGCCUCAUUCAGAUCUUUUGGGAACUAGAGUUACUCAUGCUCUAUAUCUAUACAAGUAAUAUCACCUGAUUUUACUUAUAUAUUACAGCCCCAGGGCUUCCGAGAUGUGCAGCCUCCACCUGUCACCCAAAAUGCAGAAGGUAUUGAAAUGAACCCUCGCAAACGGCCACGGAGAGAAGAGGAAAAAUAAUAGUGAUUCAAAAGAACUAUUCCAGAAAGCUGCGCUGAAUGGGAACAUCCAUGUGGAGAACAUGCAGCCAGAGGCAGCCUGAGAGGUUCUUUAAAUUCCCACUCUGGACUUUAUUUUAUUGUUAAAACUAUAAUAUGAAAUUUUUUGUGGCAGAAAAAUUAUUUGUGUAUGGCAUAAUUUUACUUUUAUAAUAAAAUCUAUUUUAUAUAA